UCGAGGGUUUAUUGAUUGGGACUUGACUGCAGAGAGAAUUCGGAGACACCGUUGAGACCAAAUUAGGGUUUUCUUUUCUCUCUCAGCAGGACCGACCAAGAAGGAAGAAGCAAUGGAGGGUCUCGCAGAAGGAGUGAACAACUUGCGAAUUACAGACGCAUCAUACAACAACAAGAAGAAGAAUCGCAUCCAAGUCUCCAACACCAAAAAGCCCCUCUUCUUCUACGUCAAUCUCGCCAAGAGGUACAUGCAGCACAACAAUGAGGUGGAGCUCUCCGCUCUUGGAAUGGCUAUUGCCACAGUUGUUACCAUUGCUGAGAUUCUGAAGAACAAUGGAUUGGCUUUGGAGAAGAGAAUCAUGACUUCUACAAUUGACAUGAGGGAAGAUGCAGGAGGGCGGCCCAUUCAAAAGGCAAAGAUCGAAAUAUUGCUUGGAAAGUCAGAGAAGUUCGACGAGAUAAUGGCUGCUGAUGCUGAUGCAGCUGCUGCGGCCGAGGAAGGCAUUGAGUAUGAGUAGAGUUGAAAUGUGUUGUUUCUGAUAUCUAGCUUGGUGCAUGCACUAGUAGGUUUCUUUAAAACCAGUGGAUGUCUUGACUUUUGUUCCUAGAUUCGUCUCUCUUGUGGCAUUUUGUUUAACUGCGAUAAAAUUUCUUUUAGGGAUUGUUGUAGAAAAGCGUUAUCUCUGCUACCAAAAGAUUAAAAUUUAUUCCUAGGUUAAUUAGCUAAGCUAACAUGUGUGUUAGGAUGUUAUGAAUUUAUUGCUUCUUGCUGCCGGAGCAUGGAAUUAAUUUAGCUUUCACGAUUUCAA